GUCGGAAACGACCAACGUAUUGACGACGCAAUACGAACGAUUAUUAUGACUAUUUAAAGGGAAUUAUUUUGAUGCGGAGAUUCACUUGAAUUUAUCAAUCAAUUGGACGAUUAACAAGAUGCGUUUCUCAAUUGUUCUCGCUAUUUGCUUCUUAGGAGUUGCUUCUGCAUCUUCUUUGGUCAAACGAAACUACUUCGAUGACUUGAUGAAAAUGUCGAUGGAAGAUAUUCAAAAAAUAGAUUAUUUUUCCGACGAUUUCAACAAGAAGGUUCAAGAAGCAUAUAAACAAGAACUUGGAAUGGCUUACCCAUCUCGUGGUGUCCGAUCUGCUGAAUCUAAGUUGGUUAAACGAAGCUUCUUCGAUGACCUUAUGAAAAUGUCACCGGAAGAAAUUCAAAAAAUAGAUUAUUAUUCCGACGAUUUUAACAAAAAGGUUCAAGAAGCAUAUAAACAGGAACUUGGAAUGGCUUACCCAUCUCGUGGUGUUCGAGCUGCUAACCCACUCCAACUUCUCAACGAACUUGACGAUCCCGCUGCUUUCGCUCAAACCCUCUUGAAGGUUCUCGGCGAUAUGGCUCGACAAGGUGGACGAUAACUCAAUGUAAACGAACUCAAAAAACCACUCAAACUUGAUCACGAAACUCUUGAUCAAUAUGAUUCCUUGCAUUCAGAGAAUCGAUUCCCUCGGUUCAGUUAGACUUUUUAAAUGAUUAUGAUUCAUUAUCUUCAUUCAGAAAAAUGUAAUGUGAGUGAUUAAAUAAAUUGAGCAAUGAAACGUA